AUCCUGCCCACUCUUUCAAAAUUGGUGUCUUCAUCAUCACUGGGUCCAAAGGUAGGGAAGAUAUAUAUCCUGUCCCCAGGUGAGGGUGUCUUUCUUGGGCUGUGGAGGCGACUGAGAGAAGAUGAAGGUCUCCUUCCUUGCUGUGCUGGCUUUGAUCCUGUGUGCAGAUCAAGUAAAUUCCCUGUAUUGCUACACCUGUAACUGGCAACAAAGCAACUGGAGCUGUCUGAAGGCUGAGAAGUGCUCGGACAAGGAUGAAUAUUGUGUGACCAACGUUGCUUCUGUAGGAAUUGGCUUUUUGUCUUUGUGGAAGAGGAUCACCAAGAAGUGCUCUGAGACUUGCCCAGAUCACAACUUCAGCCUGGGCCUGGCUUCCUACACAUCCCAUUGCUGCCAAUCCUUCUUGUGCAACCUGAGUGCAUGCCCUGGACCCAGGCUAGCUCGGCGGUGAGAUGGCAGGGAGUGCCACGCCAGGGUCCUCCUUCACCUGCUCAGCAGUGGUGGGAAAAAGGGGCUCCUGGAGGCCUGAAGAGCAUGGUCAGACUCCCCCAGCAGGGUAUGGACAUAGAAUAGAUAAAGUAUUACGGUCAUCACCCUGUGUUGUCUCCCAACCUGUAGCUUCUCAUUUGCUUCUCAUGCCUGAGCUCUGUCGUCCUGGCAGCUUG